AUGGCAAGAAUUGUAAUAUGGCUUGAAUUGGAAGGUUUACCUGAAGAAAUUCUAUGGUAUGACAGGCAUGAACCGGGACGGGAUUUGGGCCCGACGAUGUCCCCAAACAUGAGUCUAGAUAAAGCGAAAAGCCAAAAGGAUAAGGACAAAGGCUCUCAUCAGCACGAGGCCGACCUGAGAAAAUCUUUGCAUGCCUCCGCUACCUCGAGUGAAAGGCAGAAGAGAGCUUGA